GCAUUAUCCGAGGUGCCCUCUAAAGAAGACCGUUGGGAAAUCAUGGAGAUCCAUGCUACACUACGUGAAGAAGUACAGCCAACUGCUAGCAAUAUGCAACUUGUACCAGGAAAAAUAGCAAUUUCGACAAUGCAAAAACAAUUUAAGCUAUCGGAAUCCAUGUUUCAGAUGGUUUGGGCAACAUCGACGCAAGUUGGAUGUGCAGCAAAUAAGUGUCCUGACCGCAGUAAUGGAUCGAAAUUUACCUAUGUAAUGAUAUGCAUUUACACACCUGGUGUACAAGAAAGACCCUAUGAAGAUGGAAGCAGUUGUAGUCGAUGCCCAGAUAAUUACGGAUGCGACCGAAAUCAGUGUUUCAAAAAUGCAACGGUUUCCUCAAGCCUAUCAACGGCACCAGCAAAAACCUUUUCUACAACAAGGACCCUGACAACAAUGGAGUCUGACCACAUUGGUACACGGCCAACUAGGUCAAUGUCUCUAAAAACGACGUCUGUAUCCUUAGCGCCUUCAAAACUGGAAGUCUUACUUUUUUUCGCAUUCUUUGUCUUCUGCUUCUUGUAG